GGCGAAAUGUCGAGAAGAUCGGCCUGUUUCGUCCUUUCGGUGGUCCAAACUGUCUGCGGAUGCUGUUUACUUAUACUUACGGCGCUGAAGGCCAAAUUCCAGCCGCCCGCCCAGCCGGACGUUAAUUCUUACGCGGUCGGAGUCUUUUGUUCUGUGGCCGGAAUGGUGGGAGCCGCGGCCUACAACCCCCGAAGAUCGUCCGACCACAAUCGAGUCCGCGUCUUAUUUUACGCCCUUUCCUGCGCCUUUCUGCUCUUCUCCUUCGAUUCCGUGCAAGGAAGUUGCCCGGAUUCGUCCGGGAACGAUCUGGACGACGAAAAAAGCGCCCGAUUUUCCCUGCUGCUGAUUAAACUGCUGCUGUCUUACGGAACUCGACUGGCGGCCCUACUGGGAGUGGCCUUUUCCUGUCCGGAACUGAAAAGCUUCCUGGCGGAGGAGCGGGUCGACGAUCCGUCGUCGUGGGAUAAACCGGGAGGAAAGCAGUACGUGCGACUACCGGAAGCUACGAGACACGUUCAGGAGGCGCAGGGAACGGGCGAGAAGAUCCUAGUCGUCACCCUUCCCUUCGACCGUAAGGUGGUCUACGCCGUCCCCGACGACGGUUACGUUAUCAGACGCCAGGGAGCGUACGUGGCACCCGCGGGAAACUCCCGACUGACGGCGUUUUUCCCGUCCUAUAACAAGUUUGAGACGGACUGACCGACGGACGAGCCGCGGAGAAGAAAGUCAAAACAGUCGACGGAUGGAGGAGAGAAAAAACAAUUUUUAUUGAAUUUUUAUCUCUAAAAAUAACUCCAAUUUUAAAAAUUGUAUUCUUUGUUUCUUAAUUAUUAUAUUUUAAUUAUAAUAAUAAUUCUUUGAUGUUUUAAUUAAAAUUAUUACAUAUUUAAAUAAAGGAAAAUAUGCGAAAGAAUCUAUAUAAUAUCUUUUUAUCACAUGGCUUAAAUAAAAAGUAUUUAUCUUUUCGGCCAUCCUAUUAUUUAAACUACGAGUUUAUAUUAUACAUUCCGACAUUUAAAAUUAUUUUGAAG